AUGGCAGUUGAGCGAAAUGGAUCGGGCUGCUCUCUGUACAUCUCCCGAAUGCUGAAUGCCCCGAGUCGGAUUGGUCUCCCAAGAUCGGAGCUGAAAAGAGCCAUCGUAAAGUCCCAACCUGCAGAACCCUGGAGCAUACAUCAAACAACCUAUGGACUAGUCGUGUCUUUCAGCACAGAAGCCGAUGCUGAUAAAUUAAUUGAGAGUAUCAAUUUCUCUGAUAUCUUUCAGUGUCCAGUACAGGUUGUUAAAUUUCGUGCAUGCGGUUCGCACUAUCAACAAUCGAUUUUCCUUCACGAUGUACCUUGGGCUAUACCACUUGAAGAUCUGAGUUCCGCCUUGGAUAAACAGGGAAUUACAUCGGCAACUCUCGAUCGAUGCCAGUCUCAUAUCCGAAUUAAGAUCCCCGAAGUAGCGGACUACGAGAAGCUAAUUCGCGAGGGAUUAGAUUUCUUCGGAAUAUGUCGGUUCAACGCCCUCCCAGCAGCGGUCACUGACCGCACCCCCGAUUUCUGCAGAGUAAUAGCAAACCCCUCGAUGAAUCUGAAUGAGAUACAGCCAGUACCUGCAGCAGUAUCGGCCACAGCUAAGGAUUACUCCCAACAAUCAGGAAAGUCGAUCCUCCAGUGCUAUCGCUGUCAAGGCUUCUGGCACAUGGCCGCCAAUUGCCGGCAGUCCCCGAGAUGCGUGCGAUGUGGCGAUGCGCAUUACGUUGACUUUUGUCCCAGAUCGAGGAAUAAUCCGAUCUGCUGUCACUGCCUGGGUCCACAUCAUGCGGGCUUUCGCCAUUGCCCUGUUCGUCUCCAGCUACUGAAUGCAACCCCAAUCAGCCUGACCCUGAGUGCGGAUCGUCUAGUUAUUGGAGAAGAUUCAUCAUCUGCUCACUCUAAUACCCGAUCUAAAACCAAUAGUGUCCCUCAAAAUCAAGUAAAGUUGCAGUAAACGUCGGUUAUCACUCGCGCACACAGGAAACAACCUGAUUGAUCAGUAGAUCUAGUAAAUCCUCAAUAUGGAGUAUCGUCCACGGUCGUCUGACUGCACAAACGUGGCAUUCUCUACUUAACGUUCAUACUCUUGCGCGUCUUCUUGCUUCAAAGGAGGCGUUCAAGAAAAUUGAAAAUUAUAUUUUCUAAAAUUUGUAAACUUAGGAUAUUUUUAGAAUAUCCAAUUCCUCUGAAUUCUGAAGAAAUCCUUAGUUAUCAUUUGUGCAGUAAAUCAUUUCUAAUAUUCCGAUUCAA